AUGAAGCUGACUUAUUUGGCCGGCUCAGUCGCCGUUGCCGAGGCCUGGGAAUGGUCCCUCGUCGACGAGGUCACCUGUCUAGAAAAUUCUAGCUACCAGGAAUGCGGCACUGACCGUGAAAUCUGCGGUGGAAUGGAGCAUAUGGAAAUGUCUUCUGAUUGCUACAGAGGGUGCUUCUGUGAUGAUGGUUAUAUUCAGACUCGGGCUGGGGUCUGUAUUCCUGAAGCUGACUGUUCUCCUGCUGGUGAAAUUACCUGCUUGGUCGCGCAGUUCGAAUCCUACCUGACCUUCUUUGGAUUUGAUGCGACGCUCAUUUCUGGAUUUGACUGGACCUGGUCCGGAUUGGGAAACCACUGCGACACACCAACACCACCUUCUCCAUGGACUCCCAAGACUCCAAAGACGCCUAAGACGAAGACCCCCAAGACCAAAACCCCUAAAACAAAAACCCCAAAAACCAAAACUCCUAAGACCAAGACCCCAAAAACAAAGACCCCUAAAACCAAAACACCAAAAACGAAGACGCCAAAAACCAAGACACCAAAGACAAAAACACCCAAGACCAAAACUCCCAAGACAAAAACCCCAAAAACAAAGACGCCAAAAUCUGGAAAAACGAAAACACCAAAGUCCGGAAAAGGAAAAUCUGGCCGAAGACGAAGAGAAAUCGACUCUCCCCAGCCUCGAUUUAGCCGAUCCGGAACUGGAAAAUCCGGAAAGAGUGGAAAGGGAAAAUCUGGCUAUGGAAAGUCUGGCACCCCGAAAUCUCCUAAAUCCGGCUACGGAUCCCCAUCUCCUCAGAUCUGCUACCCCAACUACUUGGAGAACUUCUGCUCUUACAUCAUUUCCAACUACGGAGGCGAUCACGUGGACAGACUCUCUGCUCUCUGCUACGGUCCAUUCUUCGCCACAACCCUCAACAAUGUCCUGUACAUUCAGCAGUUCACUGCUACCUUCGGCAUCAGCUACUCGCAACUUUUCUGCCCAGUUUUCGACAGCGGCAACUUUUUCAUCGACUUGACGACGAUCAACUUUGCCGACUUCAAUCUCGACAUCGAUGUCAACAUCGACUACAACAUCAACUUGAUCACCCACGUCAACACCUACCAAAACGUCAUGAUCGAGUUCAUCCAGAGCUGCGGCUUCACUGGUGUCAUCGAGAAAAUACUCAUUCAGCUGACGAUGGAGUUCAACUGGAACGAUUUCUACGGCGAGUUUGAAGCUGUCUUUGAGUUCUUCACAAGUUCCAUCGCGGAAAUGUUGCUCGACGUCGACUUCGUCGCUCAAAUUGUCCUCGUUGAUGCUGAUGUGGUCGCUUCCCUCGGAAAUGUGAUCACAGUCUUCAUCAGCCAGAAUAUUGAGGUCUUCUUUACCACAAAUAUUGAAUUCUCGAUCGGUGGAAAUUUCGACUGGGAUUGCUCAAAUGAUGGCUGGUGCUUCACUCCUCCACAAAUCCCCGUCCCAUACGAGUCCGCUGCUAUCGCUUGUGAAUCGAUUGGCGGACAAGUCGCUGGAUCAGACCACCUCGACUUCAUUUCCGGAAUGGGACAAGUGACUGGUCAUGAAUUCUGGAUGCAUUUCGAUGUUUCCAACGCCUGCUCUUACAUGUCCGGAUUGAGCAACUGGAACAUGAAUUUGAACGCUUUCGUCAGCCACGAGCAUGGCUACAUCGACGUCGGUCAUUCGGACAAAGAAUGCUCCUUUAUUUGCACCAAGCCUCAGGCUCCAUUGCCACCAGUUCCGCCAGAAGGUGGUGUGGAUUUCUGCCAUUCGAUCAUUGGCGGCAAAUUCGAGCAAUACAUGUGGGCUGUUGGAUCUUGGACGGAAAUGAACGACUCUGAUAGAGAAUUCUACCCUGCUUCAACAGACGCUGAGACCUUCGACAAGCUGUCAGUUAUCCGCUACGAGUCCGACUGCGGAAUGUUCAAGUUCAGCUUGAAGUGUCUCAAAAACAACUCGGACAACCUCUACUAUUGGAUGCCAUGCAACAGCAUCCGAUGCAGCGGUUUCGACCGAGAAAUCUGGCUCACCGAAGAAAAACUCAACGGAAUCAUCGACGGCAGCUACCAAAUGAACUGCAACUAG